CCUCCUGUGGGUGAUUGACGCAGUAAACAAGCAGGAGAAGCGGCGGCGGCGCAGGAACUCCGGACCCGAUCUGUGUGAGAGGAUCCCUGUGAACCCUAGACCCGAACCCGAACCCGAGUGCGCACCGGAUCCUGCUCUGCUGCACGCGGCGACUCCCGCGCGGAAACCUGCUCCAACCUGCGCUAAGCUAACGGCUAACGGGUUAGCGUGCUAGCAUCAGCUAGCAUCAGGCGGGAGGAGCGCUCCUGCUCGUCGCUGAACCGGACUCACGAUGUCCCUGGUGGACCUCGGCAAGCGGCUGCUGGAGGCGGCUCGCAAAGGUCAGGACGAUGAGGUCAGGAACCUGAUGGCCAACGGAGCGCCGUUCACUACCGACUGGUUAGGGACGUCCCCCUUGCACCUGGCCGCUCAGCACGGUCACUACUCCACCGCCGACGUGCUGCUGCGAGCCGGCGUCAGCAGGGACGCCCGCACCAAGGUGGACCGCACGCCGCUGCACAUGGCGGCCGCCGAGGGCCACGCCAUCAUCGUGGAGCUGCUGGUCCGAAGCGGCGCCGACAUCAACGCCAAAGACAUGCUGAAGAUGACGGCGCUGCACUGGGCGGCGCAGCACGGGCACCACGGCGUGGCCGAGACGCUCAUCAAGCACGGAGCCGACGUGCACUCGCUCAGCAAGUUCGACAAGACGCCGUUCGACAUCGCCGUCGACAUCCAGAACACGGAGCUGAUGCUGCAGCUGCAGGAGGGCAUGCAGAACCAGGUGAACAUGAACCAGGUGAGUAUGAACGUGGAGACGAGCUCCACCAACAACCAACAACAGUUCAUCAUCCAGGGAAUCCCUUCCUUACAGGGGGGCGUGGUCAACCUGGCAGAGCUGCUCAACAAGGCCAAUGCAGGAGAUUCGGAGGAGGCGAUGGCGGCCAGCGCUCUGGACUCAAACAUCCAACACGCCACUGUGGUCAACGAGGGGGGUCAGAGGGUCAUCACCAUAGUAACGGACCAGCAUGGCAACCUGCAGACGACGGGAGGAAUGUCUCAACCGUUCUUCGUGACCAUGCAGCACGGACAGCAGAUGCUGGCGGUCCCGGCCAACGCCGUGACGGAGGAGGUGGUGACGGAGGAGCCGCACCCCCCACCCACCCGGAAGAGGAAGCUGGAGGUGACCAGCAACCACAACGACACAGGAGAGACGGAGUUACUGCAGAGGCAGCUGCUGGAGGCCAACAGGAAGGCGCAGGAGUACCGACAGCAGCUGAUGCAUAAAGAGCAGGAGGCCGAGGAGUAUCGCGUCAAACUGGAAGCCAUGUCCCAGAGUCAGGCCAACAGGGGCGGGGUCAACGCCGGCGCCGCCCACGCUGCGGCCAGCCCGGAGGAGGUGGUGGGAGGAGACGAGGACGAAGAGGAGGGAGCUGCCAGCAUGGUGGAGGAGGAGGGCGAGAUGGUCGUGCUGCCGGAUGGAGGCAUCAUCAUGGAGGGGGAGGAGGGGCAGGUGACGCUGGUGGAGGCCGGGGGGGAAACAACGGAGGUCAGCUCCUAA